AUUAUAAUGAACUCCUUAUUUACUUGAAAACUGGACACUUCGUUCUCCGUGAAUUAAAGAUGGACUUGUGCAUUGGACUUGAAAAGGUGCAUUGGAGUUACAGUACAGAUUUUGACUGUCAAUCAAUUGCAAACAACAGUGUGCACUGCAAUAUGUGGCAUUAUAAUCACAUUUAUGACUUUUAGGAUGGUAACUUGUUGGUACAAUUUACAUAAUACAUCCUCCCUUGGGUCAGAAACGCCCCCAAUGCCAUUGCAUGUAUGUUGCUGUUGAAAACCCAAAAUUAUCACUGACAGCACCUUUAUAAUCGACUUUCCUGACAAAUUAUUCAUAACUUGGAAAUCAGGUAGCAAGCUGAUUUUCUCUCUCGUAAGAUUUUUGUGCCCUUUCCAUUAAGUUUGAUAAACAUUAGAAGUUCAAAUCGUUGAGGUGAUUUCUGUGACCAAUGAUAUAAUUUUUGUCCAUGCGAUGACGUAUGCAGACACUUCCUCAUAAUCACUUGUCCUUUGUGUAUCAUUGGACUCUCACUGCACUUAACGUUAGUAGUAACACCCUUGCGGUACCCCAACCUAUGAAAUAAUACAAUAAUGCCCUUGGUAUGUACGUCCACACAGUCGCUGAGACGGACUGAUUCGCCCCUUGGCUAGUGUUCAGUAGCCCGGUAAAUCAGCAUGCAACGUGCCCUCUGUAAACAAAUGCUAAGUAGUGGGUUACACCCAUUGACUUCCUCACAGAAUCAUGAAUCGAGUUGUGUCAUUUCUGUCACAAAGUCAAGCAACAGGGAGAUAUUUUAAGUGUCAGUAGGUUUGCAAGGGUAACUACCUAUGAGGCAUGCUAUUAUAAACAUGAAAGUUGUGUAAAAGUCACAAUUAUUAUCACGCAGACGUCUCAAAGUCUCAUAGAACGUUUACAUCGCUGCACACAUCGGGACGAAAGAGGACGACAAUGGUGGCACAAAGGUUCUUAUAGUCUCGCAUAUUAUGGUCUGUAUGCAAAUUUUUACCGUACAUUUCUGAAUUCAUCCUACACAAUAUGUUACACUAAAACUGGUACCAGUUUUGCCCUAUUUCACCAGAACUUCAAGUAGACUUCAGUAAAGUAUUAAUUGGCUGCUCUGAGUGUUUGUAGCGGCGACAUUUUGUAGGAGAUGGCGUAUUUUGGCCAAUCCGGGGGUGCGACGCAAAGGCAUGCAGUUUUACGGUAGCGGUGAUCUAACCAAUGAGGGCGGUGAUGGCGGGAGGAUCACGUGACCACCCGUCGUGGCGUGUUGUGCUCGAGCAGGAACAGCAACCAGCCUGCCAGAGGCGCCAGCCAUCUUGAGCAGGAGGGGUCUGUGUCGUACCCCUCGCAAACAGGGUGGAUUUCUGAGUCAGAGGCGCGGUAGAUCGGGGCCCUAGGGCUUCUCCCCCACUCUCUGAUAAUCAUGCCGAUCAUACUCUUCGUUAUAGACACAUCUGCGUCAAUGAAUCAACGUACGUACAUGGGCACGACACUACUGGACGUAGCAAAGGGCGCAGUGGAAACCUUUCUAAAGUUGCGCCAGCGGGAUCCUGGCUCGAGGGCUGACCGAUACAUGCUGGUGUCAUUUGAAGACCCUCCGGCCGCCAUAAAGGCUGGGUGGAAGGAGAAUCAUGUGGCGUUCAUGAAUGAGUUGAAGAAUCUACAGGCCACGGGGAUGACCACCAUGGGACAGGCUCUCAAACAGGCCUUCGACCUGCUCAACCUGAACAGGCUCGUGUCAGGGAUCGACAACUAUGGACAGGGAAGGAACCCAUUUUUCCUGGAGCCUGCCAUGGUUGUGACGAUCACAGACGGCAGUAAACUCACCAGCAGCAGUGGGGUACAAGAGGAGUUGACACUGCCGAUGAACUCCCAGCUGCCCGGUGGCGAGCUGACCAAAGAACCAUUCCGGUGGGACCAGCGGCUGUUCUCGCUGGUGCUGCGCAUCCCGGGGGUCGCCUGCCGCGUUCAGGAGCCACCGCAAGGGGUCAUUCCAAUGGACGAGUCACCGAUUUCUGUUCUGUGUGAGAUCACAGGAGGCCGUUCCUACACCGUGGCAUCUCAGAAGACCUUGCACCAGUGUCUGGACUCCCUGUCCAUGAAGGUACAGAGCGGUGUGGUGCUGCAUUUUGAGAAGAUCGGUCCUGAUCCAGAUCCCAAUGGUAAUGGACAGAACCAUACAGAGACAGAAGGAACCAUGAAUGGAAUCAUCAGUGCAGACUUGACACACCUGAGGGCUGAGAAAGAUUUGCAGGAGAACAACAAGAGUCUCCAGCGUGCCAACGCACCCUCCCCCCUCCCCACCAACACAGCCUGGCACAGCUGCCACAAACUCAUCUACGUACGGCCCAACCCAAAGACAGGCAUUCCCAUGGGACACUGGCCCAUCCCUGAGGCUUUCUGGCCAGACAGCAAUGCACCCACACUGUUGCCGAGGAAUGCCCACCCGAUGGUGAAGUUCACCUGCACCAACAGUGAGCCCAUGGUGAUCGACAACCUGCCGUUUGACAAGUAUGAACUUGAGCCUUCGCCGCUCACACAGUUCAUCUUGGAGAGGAAGUCACCCACUACAUGUUGGCAGUGUUUUGUGCCCAGUAGUGGCCGGUACAGUGACAUCGGACAUCCAUUUGGGUACCUGAAGGCCAGUAUGAGUAUGACAUGUGUCAAUCUCUUCAUCAUGCCCUACAACUACCCAGUACUACUGCCACUUCUGGAUGAGUUGUUUAAGGUGCACAAGUUGAAGCCCAAUGCAAAGUGGAGAACAGCAUUCGACAACUAUCUAAAGAGCAUGCCUAGCUACUACAUGGGUCCGUUGAAAGCAGCCCUGCGGAGGAUGGGGGCUCCCCAGUUAAUCCCAGAUCACCUGGACAUGUGUCUGUCUUACAGUGUCAUCUCCUACCUCAAGAAGCUAAAGCAACAGGCCAAGUUGGAGAGUGACAGAAUAAUAGCUUCAGUAGGAAAGAAACCUCCACAAGACAGCAUCAUUAGAGUUGUACCAAGGUCCACCCCAGCCUCGCCUGCCCUGCGUACAGACUUCCAGCAGGUUCUCCAGUCCAUCACAGGAGAGUCGCCGCUCCCCGCGCCCAUCCGCACCGACGCCACCGAGUUCCCCGGCUUCUCCAUCGCAGUGGCGGACUGGGAGCUCAGGACGCAGAGCUACCGCAACCCUUUCGACAUCCCGCGGGCGGGCCUGCUUGACCAGGUGCAGAGAAUGAGGAGGAACCUCAUGCAGACUUCCCUGGCUCACAUCAAGUUUGUUGAUGAAGACCAACUCCACAGCAUUCCUGUACAGCAGAUGGGGAACUACCAGGAGUACCUGAAGAAACAACCCCAGCCGCUCAGGGAGGUGGAGCCACAGCCGGUCAGACUCCACACCUUCGGCAACCCCUUCAAACUGUCCAAGGACAUGAGCAUGAUGGUAGACGAGGCAGAUGUGGAUAACCUACUCCAGGGUCAGCAGGGGAAGAACAAGAGACAGAUGGACUCACCCCCAGGGUCUCCAGGGCCACCGGGGAAGCGUGCUCGGUCCUUGUCACCUGGCCCCUACAGAAGACCCCAGUCCACCGCAAACGAAGCUAGCCAGAAGGACAACCAAAAAAGACCAGCUUCAGCACCGCCUAAUGUAGGAAAACCAGCAGCAAACUCAGAAGUAGAUAUGAAAAACUUGGAUGGUUCCGUGAACGAGAAAAUGGAUACAGAGGCCGUUCCGAACAUGGACCUGACAAACCACCUAAACGGGGACAAAGGGAACCAGUCCAGGAACCCGGGGAACAACCCGGGCCUCCAUGACGGGAGAAACGCCGGGAAGAAAAGGACACCGUCUCCCGGGGAUCUGCAGAAGGUGGAGAGAGAAAACGCCAAGCUGAAGACGGCCAUCUUCAGGGAACUCAGGAGGCCAGGAAGACAUGACGAUGCGAUCCUGGCCCUGUUGGAGCAGGUUGACGGACCGUUGCCCCUCAGACUGGCCCUGCUGGACGAUGUCAUUCAGGAGGCCGCGCGGUUCAAAAGGAGAGUCCUCAUAGACGUGCUGCAAUCCUUCCGCAAACAGACCACCAAAAUGAACAGGCCGCGGAAAGUACACGGACACAAGCGAACAGACAGUAGCUCCAGUGUAUCCAGUACUAGUUCAGCGACCGGGAUAAGUAGAUAGCACCAACUAUUAUAAGUGUGUAGGGGCUGUUUCACUUUCAAGAAGUCUUUGUGACAAGAUCAGAACAGUUUUUCAAACUCCCUGCCUUUCACAUAACCUGCAUUCUUAUUAUGUUUCAAAUUUUGUCUUUUUUUUUCGUUAAUGGUUGUAUGAUUCACCCCCAUACUAUAUAUUACAACCUAAGUUUUUAACAGCAUUUCUCAGGCAUCCUUCAUUCCCAUACAUAACUGAUCUGAUUUUAACUUGAAAGUGGAAUAGCUCAAAAGGACUGGACUAAUCCAUUUUUACAGUGGACCAAGGGACGUAAAGGAACAUGUAAAAAAUGGACUGUCCAGUUUUGGUGUUUGUGGCAAUGUUGUGUUCACGACAGCUCAGAACAGUUUUCAGUGUCCUUACCAAAACAACUUGUCUUCUUUCCUCUGUCUUGAACCAAAAUUGAGUUCUCAACAUAUCAGGUUGAGUUUGGAUCAUCAUAUUGUGCAAGAAUGAUAUCUGAUAGUAUACAACAUAAAAGGUACAUAUCAGGUGCAAUUUUUGAUAUGCAGGGUAUGUUUUUGGAAAGGAAAAACGCUGUGGACAUGAAAGCAAGUUGAGCUGAUAUAAUUGUUGUGAGGGAAUGUGUGUACGAUGGUGGACUCUUCAGUGAAACGCUUGUUGCAGCUACAUCUACCAUCAGCACACAGACCCUCCCAUUGUGUUUAGUUAUAGAUUGAAGGGAGGGCAACUCUUGCAGAAUAAUAGCUAGCUAAACAUGUUCCCAGUCUACCCAGUCCUUUUUCAUUGCUCAUACUGACUUCUGCAUGUGCUCUUUUUGUGUUGAAAACUAGUACAAAUUGUUGUGUCUACAAACUAGUUCUAUUUGCAUGUGAAAGGCUAUGUCGGCCAUAUUUGAUCUGGGGCUGUCUGUUUAUGCAGUGCCUCUGUGAGCUGCUAGGUGGUGUUUCCACAAUACUGUACCAUAUUCGGCACAGAGCUCACCAAAAUGUAUCAUGCAUAAAAAAAGCAGGAUGUGGAAGCCAGUAGGAAUGAAAGAGCUGGCAAAGCUGGGCAUGUGUUUACUUGAUACAGAAGUGCACAGAAUCUUCCAAAAUCUUCGACGUGAUGUCCAGAUUUCUCCUUUUUUUCCCUGAAUUUUUUUUCCAAAUUGGCAGCUAUUGAAGUGCAAAAGUACUAUCCUUCGAAUUCUGUGCAUUUUGCUAAAUGCAAGAUACUUGCCUUCCCUUCAACAAAGCACCCUCUGUUGUGUCUAAACUGUUAUAAUGUACAGUGCAGUAAUAAGACAAGUUUGAAGUUGUUAGUCUGUUCAUCACUACAUGUAUGUACAACUACACCACACAGACUAUACAUGUACAUAGUUCGGGCAAGUUUAUUCAUGUUCAGAGAAUUUAUAUUUUUGUUCAAAUGGAAACAGAGAGUCUAUUUUUGUCGCCUGUACAUUAUGAAAAUAAAAAUGUAAAAGCA